AUGCAGGACAUGAACAUCACUCUGGUCAGUGAGUUCAUCCUGGUGGGCUUCCCCACAGCCCCGUGGCUGCAGGUCCUGCUCUUCUUCCUCUUCCUUGUGGUGUAUCUGCUCAUUAUAGCAGAGAAUCUUGUUAUCAUGUUCACUGUUUUGGUCACUGGCUCCCUCCAUAAGCCCAUGUACUAUUUCCUGAGUAGCAUGUCCUUUCUAGAGAUCUGGUAUGUGUCCGUCACAGUGCCCAAGAUGCUGGAUGGAUUCCUCCUGCAGAGGCGGCGCAUCUCCUUCGCAGGCUGCAUGACCCAGCUCUACUUCUUUAUCUCGCUGGCCUGCACAGAGUGUGUGCUCCUGGCAGCCAUGGCCUAUGACCGCUACGUGGCCAUCUGUCACCCUCUCCAAUACCCUGUCAUCAUGACCACAGCUUACUGCGUGCAGCUCAUGGCCCUCUCCUACGUGAGUGGUUUCAUGGUUUCUGUUGUGAAAGUCUAUUUCAUUUCUCAUGUCGCUUUCUGUGGCACCAAUGUCAUGAACCACUUUUUCUGUGACAUCUCACCAAUCCUCAAGCUGGCAUGUAAGGACAUGUCCACAGCUGAGUUGGUAGACUUCGCUUUGGCAAUUGUCAUUCUUGUUUUUCCUCUGAUCACCACAGUCCUCUCUUAUGUCUACAUAGUGUCCACCAUUCUGCGUAUACCCUCCACCCAGGGGAGGAAGAAGGCCUUCUCCACCUGUGCAUCCCACCUCACUGUGGUCAUAAUUUAUUACACUGCCAUGAUUUUCAUGUAUGUCCGGCCCAGGGCUAUUGCAUCCUUUAAUUCAAACAAACUAAUCUCAGCUGUGUAUGCAGUGCUCACGCCCAUGCUCAAUCCUUUCAUCUACUGCCUGAGGAACCAGGAAGUCAAGAACGCAAUCAAGAAGACCUUAGGGGGUGGCCAGGGCUUCCUGCUCAGAUAA